AGCCCCGACAGGCGGUGGCGGAGUGGGACGGUCAGUCCAGCGGUGGCCUCCUCAUGGCCCCACCGUGAGAGGCUGGAGCGGUCACGUUGGGUCCCAAAAGCAGCCAGCACGGGGUGGAAGCAGUGGCUGCCAUGGAUGAGGAUAAGCUUCUACCUGCACUGCCUGGGGAAGAUGGUGCCACCUGCGACCCCAUCCUGGAGCCUGAGGAGGAGCCUGGGGUCAAGAAUGGAAGGGCAUCCAGUGAGGACCUGAACAGUAGCCACACCAGCCCAGGGCAUGAGAUGAGGGGCACCCUGGUGGACACUGAGGGGCAUACAAAGGGCCUGGACCUGGCCCUCCACGGCCUCAGCCUUGCCCUCUCCCUCACCAAUGGCCUAGCCCUGGGGCCAGACUCAAACAUUCUGGAAGACUCUACAGAGUCCAGGCCCUGGAGGGCUGGUGGGCUGGCGGAGGUGGAUGAUGCCUCCAGGAGCCUCUGUCCAGACACUGAGGAUCCUCCACUGGGGCCAGGAGAGCCAGAUGUGCGGGACGGCUUCAGCGCCACAUUUGAGAAGAUUGUGGAGUCGGAGCUGCUGCGGAGCACACAGUACAGCAGCCUGGACUCCCUCGAUGUGCUGAGCCUCACGGAUGAGAGCGACAGCUGCGUCAGCUUCGAGGCCCCCCUCACGCCCCUCAUCCAGCAGCGGGCCCGGGAUAGCCCUGAGCCAGGGGCUGGCUUGGGCACUGGGGACGUGGGGUCCGAGGGGGACAUGGGAGCAGCUGGCGGUGAUGGGGAGCUGGGCAGCCCCCUGCGGCGCUCCAUCUCCGGCAGCCGCUCCGAGAAUGUCCUGAGCCGCCUGUCUCUCACGGCCGUGCCCAAUGGCUUCCAUGAAGAUGGACCCCCGGGCCCAGGCGGGGACGAGGAAGACGAGGAGGAAGACAUGGACAAGUUGCUGAACUCGGCCAGCGACCCCAGCCUGAAGGAUGGCCUGUCGGACUCAGACUCAGAGCUGAGCAGCUCGGAGGGGCUGGAGCCUGGCAGCGCAGACCCACUGGCCAACGGGGGCCAAGGCGUGAGUGAAGCUGCCCGCCGGCUGGCACGCCGCCUCUACCACCUGGAGGGCUUCCAGCGUUGCGAUGUCGCCCGGCAGCUGGGCAAGAACAACGAGUUCAGCAGGCUGGUGGCCGGGGAGUACCUCAGCUUCUUUGACUUCUCGGGCCUGACUCUGGACCGAGCACUCAG